UUGAGGUGGAGAGGCACCACCGAGGCAGGCUGCGACAGAAAAACAAACGAGGAUAGGUCGAGCAGUACACAGUACUCAGUCCAUGUUUUAAAAGAAAAAAUACAUAGUAAAAACCCAAAGGAUAUGUGGAUUUAAACGUUAUUUUUGUCGUUUUUACGCGGUUUCAGUUACUUCUUCUUCUUCUGUCUUCAUUUCGGCAGAGUGACCGUUUGCCCAUUCUCUCCGGAGUGAGCACUAAGGUAAGCCUGUAACCGCAGAUGAACUGUGAGGACUCCAUGAAAGAUGACGGAGGAGGUGAUUGUUGUAGCCAAGUGGGACUACACGGCCCAGCAGGACCAGGAACUUGACAUCCGUAAAAACGAGCGUCUCUACCUGCUGGACGACUCCAAGACCUGGUGGCGAGUCCGCAACACCGGGAACCAGACGGGCUACGUGCCGUCCAACUACGUGGAGCGCAAGAACAGCCUGAAGAAAGGCUCGCUGGUGAAGAACAUCAAGGACACACUGGGUUUGGGAAAAACGAAGAGGAAGACGAGCGCCCGCGAUGCUUCCCCGACGCCGAGCUCCGACACAGAGUCCCCCUCUAAUGGCAGCGGGGGGGGCGGAGGAGGAGGAGGAGGAAGAAGGGGAAGAGGAGGAGCGGCUGAACGCAUCUACGACCUCAACGUCCCCGCCGUGGUGAAGUUCGCCUACACAGCGGAGCGAGAAGACGAGCUGACCCUGACGAAGGGCUCCAUGGUGGUGGUGAUGGAGAAGUGUAGUGACGGCUGGUGGAGGGGCGGCCAGGGGGGGCGCGUGGGCUGGUUCCCCUCCAACUACGUCCUGGAGGAGCUGGGGGGGCCGGACGACCGGGAGGAGGGAGACUUCUCAGAGGGGUACCAGGGGCGCGGGACUUUGUUGGCCAAUGGGCAACUGGAGGAGGGGGGGGGGGCCGCGGUUCUCCACCUGGUGCAAACUCUCUACCCCUUCAGCUCUGUGACAGAGGAGGAGCUGAACUUUGAGAAGGGCGAGGUGAUGGAGGUGGUGGAGAAGCCUGAGAACGACCCCGAGUGGUGGAGGUGUCAGAACUCGCACGGCGUGGUGGGUUUGGUGCCUAAGAACUAUGUGGUGGUGCUGGACGAGCGGCCCGAGCUCCCCCCCCCCCUCUCCGGCUCCCCCAUGAAGCGCUCCGUGGCCCCGGCCCGCUCGGGGAGGUUCGCCGGCCGGGACUGGUACUACGGAGACAUCACCCGGCACCAGGCGGAGAGCAUCCUCAACGAGAGGGGGGAGGAGGGGGACUUCCUGGUACGAGACAGCGAGUCAUCGCCCAACGACUUCUCCGUGUCUCUGAAGGCAUCCAGUAAGAAUAAGCACUUUAAGGUGCAGCAGACGGAGGGCGUGUUCUGUAUCGGCCAGCGUAAGUUCGGCUCCAUCGACGAGCUGGUGGAGCACUACAAGAAGGCCCCCAUCUUCACCAGCGAGCACGGAGACAAGCUGUACCUGGUCAAAGCGCUGCUGUGAUUCACACACCCUCACACCUACACUGGAUCUCACACACACACAUGAUACUAAUGCCACCCCCUAACUGUCUUAACUCAAGCCUUAGCUCUGGUCCCUGUUCCCUGUUCCAGUUUCAUCUGUCGCCCCCUACUGGUGACCUUUAUAGCUCUACAACGGAGCCUUUAACCUCACAUCUGUCGGCAAAACACACUCUGAUACAUCGUCUAAUUACGGCACAGUGCUUAAUGAGCCUCUGUCCCCGGGAUGUGAACAUGUGCAGCGACCACAUCUGCUGCUAACCGAACGCCUGAGGCCUUGUUGGGGUCGAGCUCUCCAGCUGAUGUCAUACAUAACGUCCAUUUACUACCACGCACAUCGUAGGUUACACCAUUGCUCUUAAUCCACACAGGAAGUCGAAACAGUUCACAGAGGAGUCUGACGGACCUUAUUGCUGGCCAUUGUUUUAUUUUCUUGCUUUAUUUUAAACCUCGUUUUUCUUUGAAAGGUCAUUGAAACUCCUCUGCAGAGGUUUGAACCACACAAUGACUUCACAAAGUGACCAGAAUCACUCUCUUGCCUUUUUCCUCCUAAUUUUCACCUUUCCUCUACAUGAUUUCUUUCCCCAUUUGUGACUUUUUUUCAACUUCUGUCUCCACAAACCAAGUCAUUAUUAGUGAUGUUGUUGAAAAUCUGGAUACAACACUUCCUGUAAUAUUUGUAAUGGCAGCGAGUGGUGCGUUAAUGCAAUAGGAGACCUCUGAUUUCCUGUAGAGUUUGAAUGUUUAUCAAUGUAACCAAAUGUGCCACCCUGUACCCAUAGAACUGGCUCCAGGUCUGCACUGCACUCACCGUUCAUCCAUAGCUCUGUGCUCAUGCUUUAUAUCGUGUCACGGUGAACAAGGUCCUCCAGUAUGCGUCUGUAGAUACAGUAGGAUACUGACUGAAGAAUAAUUAAGAAAUAAUAAUCAUUUUUAGGUAACACUUUUGAGUAACUACACUUGAUCUGCUCCUGCAAACAGUUAUAAAAUAAUAUCUCUCUUUUUGUCAAAGGUAGGUACAUGUUUGGGAAUCUUGUGAAUACAGAGAAUUGUGAGAAAAAUUGUCAUUUACAAAAAAAACACUGAUUGAAAGUGGUGAUUGACCUUUAUAAUUAACAGAUAAAGAAGGGAUGGCCCUGAAAUCUACUGUAUACACACGUACUCCAACAAAGGUCAGAAAAGUAUUUGGAAAUGAUUACUUAUUCAUGUGAACGGUCCAACACCAAACUUGUAAGGCACAGCUCUUGACUGUAUGUUAAGCCCCUCCCCCAAGCAGCGGUUGUCCAAUAACAGCUUAGCAGCCGUAACUCAUUCUACGAGACACAGUUUGGAGGGAAACUAUGUCUCAAAGUCAAACUAAAUAAACAAUCUAAAAUGAUGAGAAAAUGUCUUAAAAUAAUACCGUAAGAUCUCAGAAUAAUUACAAAUUAUUUAUACUUCAGUUACUUAGUCAAUCUUUUGAGAAAUCUUGUAAUUAUAAAGAGUUGUUGAAUCUUGUUUUUUUCUUACUGCUGGAAAUGUUUUCUAUACGAAAUAAACCGUUACUAGCUAAAAAAAGAAGACUGCUGCUUUUGUCUCCCUCUGGCUGAAAUUAAGGGACCUGGUAUUUCAAAAACACUAUAUAUUUUGAGCGCUAAAAUAAGUAUUUAUUUCAUGUGCUGCUCAGUGUUGGAACUUUGGCAUAGAAACAGGAACUAAGGGGGCGGGGCUUAACCCGCAGUCAGUUUAUGAUGAGUUAUUUUACCGUCAAGAAACCAAAAAUACCGUCAUCUGGUUUGUAAAGAAAAUAUAUUCUAGUCCUACCAAACAUUUUCCUCGUCGAUCUUCUUUCUCUUUGUGCAUUUGUUUACCAAUGGAAGUGUUGUUGACCACGGGGUCCUCAGCUUUUAUAAGAUAUAUCUGAAUGUUAUUGAGCAUUGUUAUUUAAUUCUUGUCUCCACUGUAUGUAUAUAUUCAAAAAUAAGAUGAGGUGAUGAAUCGCUCAAGAUCAAACUAUGGUACUGUAUCACCGACAACGUGAUGAGAAUUGAAAUACUUUUGUUCAAUAAAUGUUUUGAAGAAUACUAAAAUGA